GAUUUACUUUUGAUUGGUUUUCAGUUCUCAAUAUCUUCUUCUCUUUUCGUCUCUUUUACCUUUAUUCCCUUCUCAUCUCCAACCUCAAGAUUCUUUACUUCCCCUCUGUUGAUUACCCACAGAAUAUCAAUUCUAACCCAAAAUUUCUCUGUUUUUCUAUUCAUGGUUUCUGACCUUUCCAAUUAUAAUUCACCCGAAAAUUCUUGCAAUCACAAAUUCCUUUUUAAUUCACAAAUUUCCUUCCAUAAGAAACAAAACCCGUGAUUUAAUUUCUUGAAUAAACUCUUCAAAGCAUUGAAAUUAUCUCUAUCUUCCUCUGUUUGAUUUUCUGAAGAUGACGAAAUGUUUCAGUUUCACAGCAUCAAGAGAUUGGUGGUACAGAUACACAUUCUCAUACGCCGGUUUGAAAUCGGUAACAACAAAUCUAGGAGAUGGAACAACAAUGCACUGCUGGAUACCAAAAAUCAUUAAACCAACAAAACCAAAUCUUGUAUUAAUCCAUGGAUUUGGUGCUAAUUCAAUGUGGCAAUGGGGUAAUUAUCUUAGACCCUUAAUUCCUCGCUUCAAUGUAUACGUUCCCGACUUGUUAUUCUUCGGUGAAUCAUAUACAACUCAUUUAGAAAGAACAGAGCAUUUUCAAGCACAGUGUUUGAAGAAAUUAAUGGAGAGUUUUCAGGUUGAGAAAAUGAGUUUUGUUGGUGUGAGUUAUGGUGGUUUUGUUGGGUACAGUUUAGCAUCGCAGUAUCCGGAUGCGAUCGAGAAGGUGGUGUUGUGUUGUUCUGGUGUUUGUUUAGAAGAGAAAGAUAUGAAAGACGGUUUGUUUAAGGUUUCGGAUUUAGAUGAAGCUGCUAGUAUUUUGUUGCCUCAAACACCUGACAAGUUGAGAACUCUAGUUAAAAUGUCAUUUGUUAAGCCUGCUGCUGCUAAGACCGUCCCGUCUUACUUUCUUCGCGAUUUCAUUCAGGUUAUGUGUACGCACUACAUUGAAGAAAAGAGAGAUUUGAUUCAAAAUAUACUCAAAGAUCGGCAGUUUGCGAAUCUUCCCAAGAUUACUCAGCCAACAUUGAUAGUAUGGGGAGAAGAAGACCAGGUAUUCCCUUUGGAAUUGGGGUACAGAUUAAAAAGGCAUUUAGGAGAUAAUGCAGAACUAGUAGUGAUCAAGAAUGCGGGGCAUGCUGUAAAUUUGGAGAAAACCAAAGAAUUUUUGAAGCAUUUGAAAGCUUUUCUCAUAGACAAUGGUCCAGUGCAUGAUCAAAAUUCUCACAAUUCCGUACAAGAUAACAUCAAUGGCAAGAAUAAUGGCGAUUAUUGAAUUGAAAAACCGCGGAUAUAUGCAACGCACUUAUACAAUUGAGAUAGCAUGAAGAACUGGAUACAGUUUUGGCAACAUACUAAACUGUGGAUUCAAACAUACUGCAGCUUGUAUGGUGCAGGAUGGUUGGGAUCAUUAUAGAGCUAAGGUAAAGUCAUCAUGGGUCAUGUUCUGUUCAGAACUUGUUUUCGCUCCUCCUGUCAUUUAUAACAAGAGCGAAGAGAGGAAUUUGAUUUGGUUCAUGAAGAAUCAAUCUUGGUGAAAGAAUCCAAUUUGUAAGAGAUGGAGUUGUGAACGAUGUAUCGCUUCCCAAAGCUAGAAUGUGUAUGAGUUGUGUGAAUUUGUGAUGCAUAAAUACAUUAAUCAACUGCUUAAGUUUCUAAGCUUUUCAUCUCAA